AUGGUGGAGCAGAAAGUUGGGGUUCAGGUACCCAGGCUCCCUAAGAUGGGUGUGAGGAGCCCUGCUGCAGAACCCACCUAGUUCUGCCCCAGGAACAUGGUCCUCAACCUACUGAUGGAUUUAGCAGCUUCUUAGCAUCGUCCAUACCAGACCAGGCUAGGGAGUGGCUCUGGACAAGCCCUGGGAGAAAAUGGGGUGGUACAGCCGCCGAGAUUCAGACCUGGAGAAGCCAGUGGCUGCCCUGACCCUGAGCUCCACUUCUAGCCUGUGUCAUUGUCUGGGUUGCUUAGGGUGGGGCUUGGGUGCUGCCAGCCUCAGGCUUUGGGGGUGCUGGGAGCCUACUCUGCCAGGGGCCAGGGCUGACAGCCCUCUCUUGUGCCCUGCUCCCAGGCUGGCAGUGUCCUGCAGACCAUGAACUGAGCACUGGUAUCAGAUUGUUGACAGUUUAAGGCGUGCAGAAACCGCCACCCAGAAACCCCACCCCACCCCCAGCCCUCUGCACUGACAAUCCCCAAGAAGAUGGGGAGGAAAAAGAUCCAGAUCCAGCGAAUCACUGAUGAGCGGAACCGGCAGGUGACAUUCACCAAGAGGAAGUUCGGGCUGAUGAAGAAGGCGUACGAGCUGAGCGUGCUGUGCGACUGCGAGAUCGCGCUCAUCAUCUUCAACCACUCCAACAAGCUGUUCCAGUACGCCAGCACCGACAUGGACAAGGUGCUGCUCAAGUACACCGAGUACAACGAGCCGCACGAGAGCCGCACUAAUGCCGACAUCAUUGAGACCCUGCGGAAGAAGGGCUUCAACGGCUGCGACAGCCCCGAGCCCGACGGGGAGGACUCGCUGGAGCAGAGCCCCCUGCUGGAGGACAAGUACCGGCGCGCCAGUGAGGAGCUGGACGGGCUCUUCCGGCGCUAUGGGUCCACCGUCCCAGCCCCCAACUUUGCCAUGCCUGUCACGGUGCCCGUGUCCAACCAGAGCUCCCUGCAGUUCAGCAAUCCCAGUGGCUCCCUGGUCACACCGUCCCUGGUGACGACAUCCCUCACAGACCCCCGGCUCCUCUCCCCGCAGCAGCCAGCCCUGCAGAGGAACAGUGUAUCUCCCGGCCUGCCCCAGCGGCCAGCCAGUGCAGGGGCCAUGCUGGGGGGAGACCUCAACAGUGCAAACGGAGCCUGCCCCAGCCCUGUUGGGAACGGCUAUGUCAGUGCACGGGCUUCCCCUGGCCUCCUCCCGGUGGCCAACGGCAACAGCCUAAACAAGGUCAUCCCUGCCAAGUCGCCACCCCCACCCCCUCACAGUGCCCAGCUGGGCACCCCCAGCCGCAAGCCUGAUCUGAGAGUCAUCACAUCCCAGGGAGGAAAAGGGUUAAUGCAUCAUUUGACUGAGGACCACUUAGACCUGAACAAUGCCCAGCGCCUUGGGGUCUCCCAGUCUACCCACUCGCUCACCACCCCAGUGGUUUCCGUGGCAACACCGAGUUUACUCAGCCAGGGUCUCCCUUUCUCUUCCAUGCCCACCGCCUACAACACAGAUUACCAGCUGACCAGCGCCGAGCUCUCCUCCUUACCGGCCUUUAGCUCGCCGGGGGGACUGUCACUAGGCAGCGUCACUGCCUGGCAGCAGCCCCCACAGCCCCAGCAGCCGCCGCCGCAGCCUCCACAGCCCCAGCCACAGCCGCAGCCGCAGCCACAGCCACAACAGCCACCACAGCCGCAGCCACAACCGCAGCCACACCUGGUCCCCGUGUCUCUCAGCAGCCUACUCCCGGGCAGCCCUCUGCCCCAUGUGGGCGCUGCCCUCACGGUCACCACCCACCCCCACGUCAGCAUCAAGUCGGAGCCGGUGUCUCCCAGCCGGGAGCGCAGCCCUGCGCCUCCCCCUCCGGUGGUGUUCCCUGCCAGCCGCCCCGAGCCUGGCGAGGGACUCAGCAGCCCGGCGGCCGGGGGCUCCUAUGAGACAGGGGACCGGGAUGACGGCCGGGGCGACUUCGGGCCGACGUUGGGCCUGCUGCGCCAGGCGCCCGAGCCCGAGGCCGAGGGCUCCGGCGGGAAGAGGAUGCGGCUGGACGCCUGGACUUUAAAGUGAUGGUCCCCAUCCCCUCUCUCUGCCUCCCUGAUGAAGAGUUGACAAUCUCACCGCCCACCCGCCCUGCCCCGGGCUCCUCCCGCUUGCCCCCACUCCCUUUCUAGUGCUCCGUGUCCUGUUGACGGUUACGUUUGUGUAUAAUUAUUAUUAUUAUUAUAUUAUUAUUAUUAUUAUUAUAUUUUUUUUAAUUUGGAUUCUUGCUUUGGAGAGGGCGAUGCUUCCAUCCCCUUUCCGCAUCCCCCUGCCAUUUUCACUGGCUGGGAGGGGCUCUUUUUUGCGGGAAGGGGGGGUUACACUUUGCACGUUGUACACAUAUGCUGCAGGAGGGGGCCCAUAGGCCUUUGGGAAGGACAGGUGCCGACCCUGCAUGCGGAGCCCUCCCACCCUAUCUCCCAGAUCAAGGGAAGUAACCAAAAAUCUACCAAACAGCAAGACCCCCCCUCAUACACACCACACCGGAAACCCAGGGUCCGCUGGAUGGGCAGCUCCGUGUUUCGGGAUGGGUGAGCUGAGGUUCUGCUUCGGGAAUUUUCCUGGAGCCUCAGGCGCACAGGCGGGUGCUGGAGCCUGGCCCUGCUGCCCUGCACCCCUGGCACAGGCUCUCCCUGGACCCCAGGGUGCAGUGCUGGCCGGGCUUCAGGAAAGGGAAGGUCACCUAGGGGGUGGGGGGUAAGGGGCCUGAAGCACAUUGAGAGAAGACAGCCAUGCAGAGGGGCCAGGAGGGCAGAGCCGGGCCAGGCGCUGGGCCCCCUACCUGACAUGCUCCCCGAGACAUGCUAGUGCAAUAGCCCCUGGUGCCUCUUCCUGGUGCAGGGGGUGGGGGGGCAGGGAGGGGCCUUCCAUCGUGGGGCCGGUGUAGACAGGCUGUCCCUUCCCUGCACGCACACUUCCACCAGGAGUGGACUGGGGGUCACAGCAAGUCUGUCCCCCUAGUCUCUCCUGGACCCUCUCCCCACCCACCUCCUGGCUCCUUCCGCUCCUGACCCCACCUCCCUGCUCUUAGCUCCCUCAUUGUCUCGCUACCUCCUGUCCCACCACCCCAGGCCGGAUCCCACCUUCCCUCUUGGCUACUGUAAUUGUAAAUAGCAACCUUUGAAAACCCUUAGCAGUGUAACAGUCCAGGAAACUGUUGGUUUUUUUUUUGUUGUUGUUGUUGUAUUGAUAUGAAAUGAGAUUCUAUUUUUGUCAAAGUAUAUUGUAAUAAUAAUGACUCAAACGGCCCGUACUGUACAGACAAGAUUCUUCUGCUGUUGUUCUUGCUGCCCGCCUGCCCCUCCUAGAAUCUCCCCCUUUCCGCUGCCUCCCCUGGGGGAGCAGUGGAAGUGGGGGGGGGUGUCUUGAGACCUAAAGCUGGACCACAGAUCAAACUGGAGGGGGCAGGCCCCCAGCCUACUCCCGUUGUGACCCCACCCUCAGGGACCUGGGUCUGGGGCCAUGCAAGGGGUUGAAAGGAUGGAGUCGGCCUCCUCCUUCCCAGGAACCUGGGCUUCUAGUUGGGCAAGAGAAAGGCAGACAUGGCCCAAUUGUGUGGUAGGCGGCUGUUGUGGCAUUUGUGUGGUGGUGUGUGACUUGAAGGUAGGGGGCCACAGCCUGAGUGCUCACAGGACGGCCAGCGCUUGUGUCAUAGGUUCCUUGUAUUUCUCUAUGUAUGCAUUAGUGCUCACGUGCAUGCGCAGUUCUGUGGAACUCUGAGAUGCCUGGGCUCGUAACGAGUCAGGUGAUGAACUCUGAAGGCAUACGUGCACAGAGGGACCAUCCAGUUCCCUGACCUGCUGCCCGCCCAUUCCCUCUUUGUCCCCUGCUAGCUGGGGGACACGCUGCUGCAGUCAGGGCAUCUAGCUGUUGCCCUUCUUCCUUCAGCCCUACCUCCCACCCACCCUGGGGUACUUCCCACGGCUGCCCAAGCUAAACCCCUCCUUAAUUCCCCCUCAUCCCUGGUCCCAGGGGAAAGGCCAGUUCCUCUCCUCGAUGCAGUCUUGGGCCCGCUGGGCCAUGGGCCUCCCAGCACCCCCACAAAACCCCAUACCCCUGCCCAUCGAGCACAGUUUGCCCUCCUUGGGGGCAUCUGGCCAGGGCCCCAGAGAAAGCAGGGUGUGUGCCCCCACCCCAGCCCGGCAUGCGUAGUUGGCUCUCAGUUGCUGAGCAGGUGUCUGGCUGGGUGCAGGUGCUCAAUCAAUGCAGAACGACCGGCCGCCCCAUCUCAGGCUGCUCCCGCCUGUAGGCCGGGCCCCCCCACCUUCAACACGGGCCCCGCCACUCUUGGUGCAAUAUAAUCCAGGUCGCCUGCAGCUCACAGCAGCAAACCUGGCUUUCGAUUCCCAUGUGUGCAUGUGAGUGUGUGUGUGCGUGUGGUGUGUGUGUGUGAGAAAGAGAGAGAGAUUUCUUCUCUUUCCCCGGAGACAGGGGGGCGGUCUGUGAAUGGAUCUGUGACAUUUCUGCAGCUCUGUAUCCCAAGGUUCCUUUUGAGGGUCGGGGCCCCUGGGAACCCAGCCCUCAAAUGUGGACUUCAUUUCUUUCUCUCACAAGCCAAAUUUGCCUCCACCCACUCCUUCCUCUGAAGAACUGGGCGCUUGCCAAAGUCAUCACUGGAGUCACCCACUGCCCCCCCAGGUUCCCACAGCCUGUGGGGGCAGCGGGCCAGAGGACCCUCCUCCUGCCAGGGAACACCCACUUCCCUGACCUUGGACAGGAAGGAAACAAUGCACCUUCUCUUGCUGAUUAUUUAUUUGUUUGGAGAGACAGAAAUGAUGUAAAAGUGUAUCUAGAAAUAUCUCUAUAUAUUUUUAACUGACUUUGGAAUCCCUUGGGGUGGGUGGGGUGGGGGCGUGUUUUAGCAUUCAAGCAGGGAUGGCAACAGAGCCCUGGGAACUGGUUCUCCCCUCUGCCACCUCGUCACCCCAAGUUGGAGAAAUGGGGCAUUUGUAUGGAGGCAGUGGGGCUGGAGUGCUAUAUAGAGAAUCUGGAGUCUGUCUUCCCCAUGCACAUGAGGUGGGGGAGAACAAGGGGUGGAUAGGCCAUGGAGGUGCCCCACCCCGAGCCCGACAAUCACCCACACUCUGGGGCUCCUCCUGGUCUUGGGUAGGUGACUCCAAGUGUGUGGCUGUUGGUUCGUUUUCAAUAUUUCCUUUCGUGCUGUACGGUGAUGCUUUCUUAGUAUUCUACACAAUAAGAACAGGCAAGUCCUUGAGAUUCUUAUGAGUUUUGUUUGAGAACUCUUUCACUAUAUUUGUUGUAAAGAGGUUUACUAUUAAAAGAAAAAGAACACACAUUUGUGAUA